AUGUAUACACUGCCGCGUGGUGCGCGAGCAGGCGGCCUGGGCCUGCUCCCGCGCCAGCGCCGCCGCCGCGCACCGCCUCGAGCAGGACUUCAAGGUACGACACAUGUAGUACACUGCCGCGUGGUGCGCGAGCAGGCGGCCUGGGCCUGCUCCCGCGCCAGCGCCGCCGCCGCGCACCGCCUCGAGCAGGACUUCAAGGCGGCCUGGGCCUGCUCCCGCGCCAGCGCCGCCGCCGCGCACCGCCUCGAGCAGGACUUCAAGGCGGCCUGGGCCUGCUCCCGCGCCAGCGCCGCCGCCGCGCACCGCCUCGAGCAGGACUUCAAGGCGGCCUGGGCCUGCUCCCGCGCCAGCGCCGCCGCCGCGCACCGCCUCGAGCAGGACUUCAAGGCGGCCUGGGCCUGCUCCCGCGCCAGCGCCGCCGCCGCGCACCGCCUCGAGCAGGACUUCAAGGCGGCCUGGGCCUGCUCCCGCGCCAGCGCCGCCGCCGCGCACCGCCUCGAGCAGGACUUCAAGGCGGCCUGGGCCUGCUCCCGCGCCAGCGCCGCCGCCGCGCACCGCCUCGAGCAGGACUUCAAGGCGGCCUGGGCCUGCUCCCGCGCCAGCGCCGCCGCCGCGCACCGCCUCGAGCAGGACUUCAAGGCGGCCUGGGCCUGCUCCCGCGCCAGCGCCGCCGCCGCGCACCGCCUCGAGCAGGACUUCAAGGCGGCCUGGGCCUGCUCCCGCGCCAGCGCCGCCGCCGCGCACCGCCUCGAGCAGGACUUCAAGGCGGCCUGGGCCUGCUCCCGCGCCAGCGCCGCCGCCGCGCACCGCCUCGAGCAGGACUUCAAGUACACUGCCGCGUGGUGCGCGAGCAGGCGGCCUGGGCCUGCUCCCGCGCCAGCGCCGCCGCCGCGCACCGCCUCGAGCAGGACUUCAAGGUACGACACAUGUAGUACACUGCCGCGUGGUGCGCGAGCAGGCGGCCUGGGCCUGCUCCCGCGCCAGCGCCGCCGCCGCGCACCGCCUCGAGCAGGACUUCAAGGUACGACACAUGUAGUACACUGCCGCGUGGUGCGCGAGCAGGCGGCCUGGGCCUGCUCCCGCGCCAGCGCCGCCGCCGCGCACCGCCUCGAGCAGGACUUCAAGGCAACCUUAGGCCGCGGGGCAACCCUGGAACAAUGGGCAACCUGGCUGGAGAACUGCGUGAAGAACGCUUUAGCACCGCACGAGCGCCGCGCCGACUAUACGGCGCGCGCGCGCCGGCUCCUGUUAGAUUGGUCCUUCUACUCCUCGCUCGUCAUCCGCGAGCUCACGCUGCGGUCGGCGGCGUCGUUCGGCUCCUUCCACCUGCUGCGGCUGCUCUACGACGAGUACGUGUCCUACCUCAUCGAGCGCCGCGUGGCCGCGCACCAGCGCGCGCCGCCCAUCUCCGUCAUGCAGCGGCCCAUGGACGAAGAGGAAGAGAUCGUGGAGGAAGCCCCGGAGCCCGAGGCCGAGGACGAGCAGGACUGGGACUGGGAGGACGACGACGACGACGACGACGAGCCCGACGCCAAGAAGCUCAAGCUGCCCGGCGAGCUCUAAGCUGCAGUAGGCUGCGGUGUGACGAUGCGGUAUGUUGUGGAAGGUAGUUUUAGCAAAAGUAAUCGAG